GGGAACAGACAGAAUGGCCGCCGCGGCUCCCGCUCCUGCCGCCUCGCAAUGCCGGAGUCCCCGCUGCACGGCGGAGCGUAGGGGAGUCCGCCGCGAACUCGACUCCUGGCGGCACCGGCUCAUGCACUGUGUGGGAGGAGUCGCCGAGGACGGGCUAGGUACUACUCGCUCAGGAAAGGCGUGUCUGCUGGGGGGGCAGAGGUAGAGAGAUGUCCCUUCUCCUGAUUUAGUCCCUGCCUACACAACUAUGUCGGUGAGGAGGGUUUUGAAAGUAUUUUAGAAGGGCUUUAUGGACCAAGGCUACGAAGAGACCUCAGUUUAUUUGAAGACUGUGAACCAGAAGAAGUGACUGACUGGUCUAUGGAUGAAAAAUGUUCCUUUUGUAAUUUACAUAAAGAAACAGUCGGUGAUCAUACAACAGUUAUUGGUUCUUUGCAGUCAACGCCUACAGAGGAACUAUCAUCUCAGGGCCAGUCCAACACUGAUAAAAUUGAAUGCCAAGCAGAGAAUUACCUAAAUGCACUCUUUCGCAAGAAAGAUCUUCCUCAGAACUGUGAUCCUAACAUUCCCCUAGUUGCUCAGGAAUUAAUGAAAAAGAUGAUCCGUCAAUUUGCAAUUGAAUACAUUUCAAAAAGUAGUAAAAUGCAAGAAAAUAGAAACGGUUCAUCAUAUGAAACGAGUUUGAUACAUAAAGGUAUCCAAAUGAACCAAACAGAAAAUUCACUUCAGGAAGAACAGGAUAGCCCUCUAGACCUCACUGUGAAUCGAACACAAGAAAAUACUCAGCAAGGGGAUGGAGUGCUAGAUCUCUCUACAAAAAAAACAAGCUUGGAACAGUCGGCGUAUGAUGGAUCAUGUUCUGAAAAUUCAGUGUCUGGUUCAAGCACAGCCGCUGGUUCAAAAUCAGAGGAAACAACUAAAUUGGAAAGCGGAAACUCUGCUCUAAGCAAGGUUUUGGAGUCAUUAUGUUCAUAUCAUUGGCAUCAGAUUUUAGCUAUGUUGAAAUUUUUAAUCCAAGAUCCAAGUAUUCAUUGCAAUUGCCCUUUGCCACAUACUAUAUAUUCUGAAACGGUUGAAGAUGAUGUACAUGUUCCAGUCUGCAGUUGUGAUGGCUACAUGUUAAUGAAAAGAUGCUGUUUACAAACUCAAAGGCCAAAUACAUGUUUAUCACCUCUGUCUGUCUAUGUGACAGAUUGUUUGCCGUGCCAGUCUGUGGCUCCUGGAUAUUUUAACACAGUGGUGGACAAAGGGAGUAAUGUGCCUUGUAAUCUUCGUAGGUGCUGCUCCAAAGAAAUACAACAGUGUAAGAGCCACUCUUCAAAAGCAGCACUUUGUAAUCUCUUUUCGGUAGGGCAAAAGAGUAACAAGGCUAGCAGAGGCCGCAGCCCUUCUCCACCUCCAUUAUCACCUGUGGAAGCUGAUUCUUUGGAGGAACUGACUGAAGGAUCUCGAGCUUUAGGUAGUCGACUUGAAAUGAAUGCUAACCAGCCUCCAUCCCUCUUGCCAGCUGAAAGAAGUUUAUGUGGACAGAAAGAUAAAAUAUGCAUUGCAGAACUGUCUGGGAACUUUGAUGAAACUUUUCUAAGUACCAAUCAAGAAAAUAGCCUCAUUAAUUCUGAUAAGUUUGAAAAGGUUGAAAAUGCUGCCGCAUUUCAAGAUUUAAUGGAUCGAAUCAAUGAGAAAUUAAAAUCAAUAGAAACUAUUGACAUAGCAAACCUUGCAAAAUUAUCUAAGAGUGAUGGAAGAACAGAAGCUGAUAUUAAAUUGCGGAACUUCAUAACAUCUCUCUUACACAACACUAAGGCAAAUGAUUAUAAUUUUAUGGAGCUAUUGAGCCAACAUGACAAAGAAGUGGAAAAUAAAAUUAUCCAAACAAGAUUUCGUAAACGGCAAGAAACCUUGUUUGCAAUGCAUAAUUCCCCUGAUUCAUCAUUGUUUAGACGACAAUCUUUGCAAUUCAAGAGGGAGCUUGCUAGUCUGGAUGAAACCUUUAUAAGGAAAAAGGCAAGUUCAGAGAGAAAUACAAAAAAGCCUAUUAAAAAUGACAAACUGUCACCAAGCAAAACUGACAAUCAUAGUGCAUUAAAAGAUCUUGCUUUACAAAAUCAUGAAAAUAAAGGGAAGAUAUCUUCUCCCAUUAAAUCAAGGUCUUUACAAGUUUGUCAAGAUGAGUCGCUAGAACUACCUCUGAAUAAUUUAGGAACCAAUUCUGGCUUUGUGGCAUUUUCCGAAAAUAGAUCUACAAUAUCCCAUACCAACUUGGCUAAAAUGCAUGGAAAUUGUGGAGUAAAACUUCCUAGGGAUCAGGUCCCUAUGAAUGGAGAUGAUGAUGGAAUGUUGGAUAAGACCAAACAUAAUAUCCCUCCUAUGUGGUGCUCUGUGUAUGUAACUAACAAUAUUUUAUUUCAAAAAUCCCCAAAGGCAAAAAAACCAUGCAACUGUAUGGAUAAAGAGAAAAUGCUUAAAGAUUUUCAGGCCAGAACAUGUAGCAAUGAAGAUAUAAAUAAGAUUGUAAGAAACACAAAUCUACACGUUGUUGUAGAACGUUUGGAGGAUACAAUAAACAUGGCAAAAAAGACUAAUAACCCAUUGUUUAAAGGUUAUAAAAUAUCGAGCAAACUGAAAGACAUUCACAAGCAUGAUGCCAACAACAGUUCUAAAAGUGGCUGCCUUAUUAGCAUGAGUGAAACUGGAAGUAAGGGACAAUAUGUACUAUCACAGGCUCAUGUACCAUGUAGCAAUAGUAGCAAAAAGGACUGUGUGUCAACAAAGGAAAAAGUUGUGUCUGAUGAAAAAUAUAAAAGCCUCCUGAGAUCUUCAUUUGAUUCAGGUGUAUUGACUUCCAAUAAUGAGGACCUACAAACAAGUUCUAAUACUGGGGAUAGUUCACCAGUUGUAAAUUACACUAGUCCCAUAAAACUUAUGUUCCUUUCAGAGAUUAACAGUAGUGAAGGAGUCAAAUAUACCCUAACCUCUGUUGAUGAUUCUGCUAAAUUAAACAUUGAUCUUUAUUCUGUUCAGAGUAAAACAAGUGCACUGUCAGAAAGACAGGCAGAAGCAAGGGAUCUUGCUAAAAAUGUUUCCACUGAAGAAUGUGGCUAUGGUGAUAGUGAAAAGAGUUAUCAUAAAAAUGAAGUGAAUUUUGUGUUUCCUGCAAUAACUGGUAAUGAAACAAAUACUGAUGAAAAUAAGCCAAAUGAAGAUCCUGUAGAACAAAAUGGCACUGGAUCCUCCCUGAAAAGAAAACCUGGCCGACCCAAGAAAAUUGGCCCUCAAGUUGUGAAACAGAUUAAACGGCCAAUUGGGCGGCCUCCAAAACCUAAGGUAGACGUAGCUGAAAAUGCCAACCAUCCAAGUGAUUCCAUUAGUGCUAGGAAAAGUGCCAGCUCUAAUACAGAAGUUCUAGAAGAGGAAAACAUUAACAAAAAUAUUAUUGUGACAGUUGUCUUUGGAAGGUCACGAAGAACUAAGAGAUGUGUUUCUGAAGGUAGCCUAAAUGUAAUUGAUCGGUUAGCAGCCCCUCAGGAUGAUGGUAGCAAUGUACAUGAAUCUGGUCAAAUAAGGCAGAAUGUAGGAACCAGGAACAAUUCGCCAAAAAUCAAAGCUAUGCAAAAUGGUGCAAAUGAAAAGCCCUCUGCAUCUGGCUAUGAAUAUGUUAGACCUCUAGAGAGCGGCCCUGUGCUACCAGCCCAUUGCAGCAAUAUUAUAAGACCAAACCAGAAGCCUUUAAAUGUUAUUAGAAAACCUGGUAGACCAGCAAAAGUAAAAAUAUCUGGCAUAUCAGUGACUGUUAAUCAGAUCUCAUCUCAGGAAAGAAAAGUGAGUAUUAGCAGCUGCCUGCCUCCUUUAGAACAAGAGACUGUGUUAGAAAAAAAGGAGUCAUCUAAGCAGGAUGAUAAGUCAUCUAAGCAGUGCAAUAAGAGAGAUGAUACAAAAAGUUCUCAGAAUGACACAAGCGAGGAAUGUUCACACCAGAAGAUUACAACAGCCUCAAGAAAGCCUGAAAUCCCUUUGAGGCAAUCUCUUAGAGAUAGAAGACCAUCACUGCCUUUCCUACAUUCCUUAGCAUCUUCUAGCUCAUUAUCUUGUAGAAGUGCCUUUCUACACAAAUCAUAUAAACUCUGUUUUAAAAAUACUAAAGAGCAAAAAAUAAGACAUCACUUAGAUAUGACAUCUAAAGAUACCUCAGUGAAUGAAACUUCAGAAAAUGCAAAAAAACUUUCAAAGAAUAAUAAAUUCAGGGAUAUUAAUGAAAUGUCAUUGGAUCCCAUCAUUUCAUCCAAUCCUUCCCUUAGGUGGUGGGAUCCUUCCAUUUCUAAUGAUUCCCUGUUAAAAGAACUAAAUAGUAGAUAUGAACAGAUAACAAACACUUGGUUGCACGUGAAUGGAGAAGAACUUGAAAAAUGUCUGUAUGAAGAAGACUGUGGCAUUGAUGUAUCAAACCCUUUGGACUCCUGUAUUUUACAGCUUGAAAAUUCACCCAUUAAAAUGCUUUUCCAGAAGAAAUGUAGUCUCGAUGAACUGUGCACAUGGUUUAUGCAAACAACAGAAACACAGUCACUCUCAUUAGUAAGAAAGGCCAAUGCUCGCAAUCCUUUUGAAGUGAUUAGUACAAGGCAGUUUAAAAUGGGAACAAGACAAUCUGAUUGUAAUACUAAUCCUUUCAGAAAGCACUUUAAAAAGUUUGCACUAUCAACACCUUCAAAAUUGGCUGGAAAGUUACAAAUCCUACAUAAAAUAGUCAGGUCUCAAGUCUUAAACAGGAAACAUAACUUCACAUUAGCUAAAUUCAGACGAACCAAAUUUGAGAAUUUACAGCAUGAUCGGUGGAGACAAGUGAAAAAACUGUAUCAUCAUGGAACGAAUGACUGGAAAUCGAAAAAAAGAAACUUGCGGUUCUUCUGCCAAAGUCACUGUUUUGCUGAUGCAAGUAGGAACAUGAACAACAAAAUAUGCAUGCGCCGGGAAAAUGGCACAGUAGAAACCCAGUUGCCCACAAUGCUGGUGGAAUCUCAUAGUAUCACUCCAUCAGUUGGAACUGAAAUUGGAGAUGCAGCUGUUCAUCAGAAAAUACAAGUGUCUGACCUCAGCAUGCAGUCAGUACAUUGCAACCAGAAAAAUAUUGGGAAAGCACAAGCCCCUGGUGAACUUGGUGAAGGUGCAUGGAAAGACAAAACCUUUAAGGAUUGUAGAAUAUUUUUGAAGAAAAUCAAUCCUAUAGAAGAGCAGCAUGCCUUUAAUAGAAACACUACAAUUUGCACUCCAGAAUCUGUUGAUGUUAGCACCAGUUGCAGCUCUUUUCAGGAAAAAAGACUUUGUACUCUAAGGUCCCAUUCUGCUAAGCAAAACAUGUCUGAUAGGUGUGAAAAGGAUGCAGAGAUAUCUAAAGGAACUGAGCAUUCCAGCUUGGUUAAAGGGCACCAUAUUGAACAAGACAGCAAGAAAUCCAGCAAACGUAUCACCUUGGAUGAUGGCCCUACUGAGGUUCCUAAAAAAAUGAAUAAGAGGAAGAUGCAGUGCAAGCCUGCUGACACAAUGAUAAGAAAAAGGAAUAAGAGACGAUUAUGCAGUGCUGGCCAAGUAUCAAGUUGUUACUCAAAGUACCAACUAGGGCCUCUUAAACCUGUUGGGCUGCCUUUGCUGGGUGGAUUUGCAAGCAGAGCUGUUGAAUACUCCAUGAUCCCAUUUCAGUUGCCUCUUCAUGGAAGUUCCCAAGUCUAACAGCACAACACAUGAAUACUCGAGAUGAGUCCAUCUGUCACCUAGUCCCUGAUAAGCAUGCAAUACUGUGAAUGAUUGUAAAAACUGAGCAAGUCAUUGCUGUAAUAACUGCUUCAAAGAGCUAGGCUGUCACGUGGUGCAAGGCAGCGUGUUCCAUCUGGGCUAAGAGCUGCUUCUGAUGUUCAGGCUCAGUCCACCAGGAAACCCUCCUGGGGCCCUGCAUGUUAUAAGGAAGCAUCUUAUGACUGACAUCUGAACCUGUAUGCCAAAGUCUCUUAAGAAUGGUUAGCCAUUAUUCAGUUGUGCCCAGAUGUUGCAUGCUUGGCAAACUGGCUUCCAGAGGUUCCCCCGCCCCCAAGUGCAUAGUAAAAUGGAAUUGUUGUCUAACCGUUUUUAUGUGACAUUUUGCAUGCAUCUUAAGAUCUAGGUCUUCAGAGACACGUCUUUAAAAAAGAACAUUGGAAACAACCCUGCCGAAGGUAUCUGAUAGCAGCUUCAGAAACAUCUCUCUGGUGUUGUUGAAAUUGCUAUAAUGAGCCAUAUCUAUUUUUAUGUGUAUGUGCUUUUUCUGUGUUGAGAUUAGCUUUUGUCUGCAGAGCUUCCUUAAAAUUCUCCCUUUUGACAAGAAAGGCGAUAAAGGAUUUUUACUGGAUACCCUGGACUUCUGCACUGCUUUCUCAGCUGAGACAGGCUUACAAAAAUGUAACUCUAGAAGCCAUGGGCUCAGCUAGAUAACAUGUAGACUACAUCAGCAUCCCUAGUGAUUCACUGGGGUUAGCAUUAUUUGAGCCCUUAGUUGCCACAGUGUUAGAAGGGUUUCCCCCAGCCUAGGCUCCAGUGCAGUUCUAGUUAAGUGGAACGGUCUACAUCCCAAGCUGCAUCAAAAGACAUGUCCAGCUGGUCUCAUUGGGCCCUAGUCAGCAUCAUGAGCAGUGCACGGCCAUGUUAGCAGGAGCCUGCUCGCUCAUGCAUAGGGCUGCACAACUUUGGCUCUUCAGCUGCUACUGGACUACAACUCUCAUCAUCCCUGACUGGGUGAGGGAUGAUGGGAGUUG